GUUAGGCGGGAUCAGGUGCGCGCACAGAGAGAAUGUGCAAGCAGAGUUCGUUUCUGCCACAACAAAAGUAGUCUACAUGAUCGUGCGAGAUCGUGCUAAUACACACGCACCGCUGGAUAUGGUGUGCCGCGCUACUGUAGUUGCCGGAGCCCCAUGGGAGGGAUCGCAGCUGUUGGCGUCCCGGCGUUCAUCCGUCCAUCAGAGGUGUGAAGUCAUGGUCACCGGCGAUGACUGUGAGAGGAAGUUGACGUAGUGGCGGCAACACCCUUUUAACUCUUUUCACAUCUCGCCAGCUGCGCUCUCCCUGCGCUCUCCCCGCUCAUUCUCUUAUUUUGUAUCGUGCCAGGUCCCCCGCCGUCGCCCUUCGCCGCUACGGUAGCUUGCCGCUUUUUUUAUUUCUCUGGCGACUUCAUGGCGGGAAGAGUGCGCGCGACUGAUCCCGCAUGGUGGUGAACUAGCGCGGGCGGGGAGAGGCGGCCUACGCUGGGUUGACAGUAAUGCCUAGGCCGGCUGGAAGAGUGCGCGCGCCUGAUCCCGCAUGGUGGUGAACUAACGCGGGAGGAGAGGCGAGCUACGUUGGGGUGACUGUGACGCCUUGACCGAGGGCAUUGGGGACUGGUCAUACGCAACGCGUCUCUGAAUGUGCGAACGCCCGGUCGAUGUCCAGGUGAUAAUACCGAUGAGAUGAGAGCAAUGAGGUCGUGGUAGCGAGGCUGAGCUCUGUGGUCCGGGAGCCACGUCGUAUUUUGAUUGGUCGAUCGAUUGAUCAAUACGGAGACGUUAAGUGCCUCCCUCCCUCUCCACGAGUCUCUGAGGAAGGGGUGGGAGAAGAAGAAGGGAGGGGGGGGUGUUUUAAGCAGCUGUCAGUUUGCAGGAGGGGUUGACGGCAGGCAGUCGAAGGGAGAAGAGGGGCGUCGUUUGAUGAUCAAAAGUCGGCCCCCCUCAAUGAGUGAGAACAGAUCGGCUACCGUGACUUUCAAGGAGAGAAAUGGCGCAUUAACGAAGCUGUACUGGGGUGCACGACAAGUCCCGGGCAGCACGGGGCGUUAGGGGGGAGCGGAGCGGGAAUCUCAUCGGCAGCAAAAGUGGAGCGGGAAUCUCAUCGCCAGCAAAUUCGCAGUCAGGUAACGCGGAACUUCGAGGAGUGAGUGGAGCGUGCGCGCGGAACGCGCGACCGCUGAUCAACGAGUCAACGUGAGAGCACGAGCGGGUCAGCAGCGCUGCUGCUGUAUAAUAGAUGAUUAAGCGUGAGGGGAUAAGCACCACGAGGCGACCGGGAGCCAUCGCCCGAUGGGUUGCGUAGGGUCGAAGGAGAAAGGCGAGCCGGAGCCCCGCGGCAAGCGGAUCCGGAAACCGAGACCAUGGAAGCAGGAGAUGCCGAUUACCCGUGCGGAGAUAAAGCGAAUGCGAGAAGAAUUCUGGGACACAGCUCCUCAUUACGGGGGCAAGAAAGAGAUAUGGGAUGCAUUGCGAGUAGCAGUGGAGGCAGACCUGUCCAUGGCACAAACGAUUGUGGAAAGUGCCGGCAUCAUUGUUUCAUCGGAGGAUUUAUCGUGCUGCUAUGAUGAACGAGGUGCCAAGUAUGAUUUGCCAAAUUAUGUUCUUAGUGACCCGGUCAACCUGAAGGAUUGAGAAUAAGCAACAGGAGAGGGAGAAUGCAUGAGUGCCGCACCGAUGAAUGCCACUCGACAAGGCAUCUAUGGGGUGCCCACUUCUUAGUGUCCAGCAUGUCUUGCUGCACUUUAAGAUUCCGUGCCUUGCGGAAUGGGCUUUUGGGUAAGGUGGAUGAGGAAAGGGAGGAGGCCAUGUUGGGAUCGGGGCUUUCUGUUAUUUGAUUGCCGUUGGACUCGGGGGCGCCUCUCUCUCUCUCUCUCUCUCUCGGUCACAAGGUAGCACGAAGGAAGUCCCUUUCGAGAGGGUUUUCAUAUGUGAUUGUUCUGACACCCUGAUCGGGCAAUAGUCCAGUUGUGGGAGUAGUGGUAGCACAAGCAUGGAGGAGUGCGGAAAGUUAAAUGGUAUGAGGACAGGUGCUACUGCUCAAGUGGACGGUGCAAAUUGUCAUCAGAUAUUGUAUAUGGGCACCAUUUCUGCAUGCAUGGUAGUGGGAGUAUGGCGGCUCUCUUCACAGAUAAGUUGGAUCGCACAGAGAGCGUGUGUCCUUUGGUUCCUGCAUAUCGCCAUUCCAUGUUUUGGAUUUGGUGAAAUGAGAUGAACAGAUGCAAUCGACCUGCGGCUUAGGAGUGCUGCGGCUGUGACUUGAAAGACCUGCAAUAGUUGAUCCAUUGCAUAUGAUAUGUUGGAAGGGCUGAGAGUUCAAGCAGCAACAGCAUAUGAGGAGGUUUUGCAGUGAACUGUGCAUCAUGGUGCCUCCAUAUAUCUUUUGCAUUCGCGGUCUUCCUUCUCUGCUGUUAGCGGAAGGUUAAUGGGGACACACAUAUGAUCCUUGUGCUGAGAAGUAUAGUUCUUGCCAUUCUUCAUCGUGUAGCAGAGUGACGCUGACAACGGUUAUAGGGCUCUCUGAUGAGCAAUGAAGAGCUUCAACUCAG